UGGAACUCUGAGGGUUCGAACGUUCUCUCCGUGGAACCUUCCGCGCUCCGGCCGGGCCCCCCACCCCUGCACGCCCCAGACAGGAUGGCUCUAGACUGGAUUGGCUUUGGUUAUGCAGCAUUGGUUGCUUCUGGUGGAAUAAUUGGCUAUGCAAAAGCAGGAAGCGUCCCAUCCCUGGCUGCUGGUCUUCUCUUUGGUGGUCUGGCAGGCCUGGGAGCUUAUCAGAUAUCUCAGGAUCCCAAGAACAUAUGGGUUUCCUUAGCUGCAUCAGGGACUCUGGCUGGCAUCAUGGGAAUGAGAUUCUACAACUCUGGAAAAUUCAUGCCAGCAGGCUUAAUUGCCGGUGCCAGUCUCCUAAUGGUUGGAAGACUUGGACUGAAGAUGCUGGAUAAGCCCCGGCAAGCAUAACUAUAAAUCUGAGCCAAGAUGGAUAUGGGAUCAGGAGUUAUUUGAAAACUCCUGCACUUGAGGGUAUCAUGGGAAAGGCGCAAAGGACAUGAGCAUUUGUACAUAACCUGAUACUUUUGGAGAUUUAUUUUUUUAAACCAAAGAAGCACUGAACUUUGCAAUCCAUCAAUUAUUAAAUCUUUUUGUAGGCAGCAAUCCCAUCUCCUAAUGGGUUUCCAUUGUAGCAGUUUGGUCCAAUCUUCAAGUCAUCUCCAGAGGUGUAAGAGGUUGGGUUUUGGUGUCUUGUGACAACUGAAAUAUUUUAUACUCAUUGCAGGAGCUGCCUGCUAUAUCACAAAGAAACACAUUAUGAAAGGAAGAUAAUGAAGCAUCUGUAUUUCCAUCAUGUUUGGUUAUCUCCAAUUUAACAUGCUGUCUUAGAGCAUCAAUUAAAAUGUUUUGUGAAAUCA